UCUGCGACAAAUCUCGGGAGUCCGAUGCCCGGGGCCUGGUAAAAAUGAAAGAGGGCAUGUGAAAGUUACACACUCGCAAGCCCGAUGGGCAUGUAAACUUUCAAUCUCCAAUUGAUAUUUUAUUUACGUUUGUCGCCAUUUUUAAAACAUCGAUUCGUUCAAUAAAUUAACUAAUAUGAAUAAAUCUUCGUACAACUUAACCCACUUAAUUCGAAUCAUACAAACGUUUGCAAUACUCGAUUGUGUUCGUAGAUAUUAAAGCGUCUUUUUAACGUCGAUGGCAACAACUCGCCAUGAUUCCUGGUCUGAAAUACAGAGACUCAGCACAGCCUGCGAAGAAAGCUACACAAAAGCAGUCCAGUGGAGUGAAUUCAAAACCACAGUACGAGAAGAAACGAUGCAGAAAAUUUCAAAGCCAAUGGCAAGUAGACAGACCUUGGUUAGUGUACAAUGUUUUAUCUGAUGUGAUGUUCUGCGAGUGGUGUAAAAAGGAGGCCGUUCAGGGCUCAUUUACCACAGGAUCAAAUCAUUUCCGUUUGGAUGCGGUGAAAGAUCAUGAAAGUAGCAAAUGGCACAAGCAUUUUGCUAUUAAAUACUCGGUCAAGCACCCUGAUGACAGUUUAGCUUCCAAAAGUCUUCUUAUGUUGAAGCAAGCUGAAUAUGACAAACUAGUUAUAAAAUUUCGCACAGCUCAUGCUAUCGCUAAGCACAACAAGAGCUUUAAGGACUAUAACUUCAUUUGCAUGCUAGACAAAAUAAAAGGUGUUGACAUAGGAGACCAAUAUGUAAACGACAAAGCUGUUGCCAUUAUGGUGAAAAAUAUUGCAGCUGUGACUAGGAAGGAGGUUUGCGAUAAGUUGAGGGAGAGUCCCUUUUUUUCACUAACUUGUGAUGGGGUCACGGAUUUCACGGGGGAAGAACUGCAAAAUAUUUACAUAAGAACGUGUAAUGGUGGAAAAGUUGAAGAUAUGUAUUUGUUCAUUGGAAGCCCUGAAUCAACAUCAGCCUCUAACCUUCACUUAUUAUUCAGGGAGAUAUUUGAGAGCCUGGACCUGGUAGAGGUGUUUGAAAAAAAACUUGUUGGUUUCUGUGCUGAUGGAGCUUCAAAUAUGCAAGGCUGCAAGUCAGGAUUAGGUGUUUUACUUAGAGAGACAAGACCACACUUAGUUAUAACACAUUGCCUGGCACAUCGACUUGAACUUAGUUUCAAGGAUGGAAUAAAGUCUGCACAGCCAAAGCUUUAUGCCAAAUGUAUGACCUUAUUGCUAGGCUUGUAUUAUUUGUACAGAAAAAGUCCAACUCAAAAGGCGGCCCUUAAGCGCAGCUUUACUUCACUGAACAUGAAACAAGUGUUGCCUACAAGAGUAGGAGGAACGCGAUGGCUGCCUCACACUUACAGAGCAAUUACAGUACUUAUCAAGGGUUACAGGGCAAUAAGGCAACAGCUUGAAACAAGUUCUCACAACAAUGCGAAAGCGGAAGGAUACGCUAGACUGAUUGGUGAUGGGCAUGUUAUCACAUACAUUUUGAAAUUGAAGGAGGUUAUUUCCCACUUGAUGAAGUUAUCCUUAUACUUACAAACACGAGGUCUUGGUUUAGCAGAUGGAUUCCACAGAAUGAAUGCCACAAAAGCUGUUCUUCAACAGAUGGAAUCAGUAAUUUGGGAAUAAAGAAGUUAGGUUCCUGGCAAACAAAUUUGAAGAAUUUUUUGAUUGUUAUUUGGAGGAUAUGCUUCAGGAAUGGACCCUAUUGAAGGCAAUUAUUUAUGAAAGGUAUGUAUUAUGCUUCUUUUUCAUAGAAAUACAGCAAAUAAUAUAACUUGUAACUUAGUCUAUAGAGUGUUGAACAAGGUUUUUGUUUUCCCUAAGGUACCAGAGCAGGAUUACUUUGACCUGGCCUACCGUUCAUACCCAGUUAGCUAAUCAUGGUGUUCAGAACGUGUUAAGGCUUUUGGACUUGAUUCUUUGUUUUCCUCCAACAUCAG